AUGGCGCUUGCGUGCAGUGCUACCUGCAACCACUGCCUGUGGAGAAUGCAGAAGCCGAACCAGAUCCGCUGCUGUUGGCCUGGGCCCGGCUGGCUGGGGUUGGACGCGCCUUCCCGCCCGAAAAGUGGCAGGAUGUGGUGUUCCACUCUGCCAUCAUCAUUGGCCUAG